UGCAUGCACAUCUUCCUAUUCCUGUUAGAAAGAAGAAACCAAACGUUUUCGGAAAGAUGGAUGGUUUGAAGAAAAUACUCAUACGCUUGAUGAUGGUAGCUAUGUCUAUGAAGAUGGUACAUGGUAGAGAUCCUGUUCGCCAUGACGUCGGAGGUGGCCGCUAUGGCUGGAAACCCGACGUUAACUUCUCAGAAUGGUCUAAUCACCAACUCUUCUACGUGGGGGAUUGGCUUUAUUUCGGAUUUGACAAGAACCUGUAUAGUGUUCUGGAGGUGAACAAAACCAGCUAUGAGAAAUGCAAUGAGACAGAUUUCAUGACAAACAUAACAAGAGGUGGGCGGGAUGUGUUUGAACUGAAAGAGGCAAGGCCAUAUUACUUCAUCAGUGGCAGAGGCUUCUGCUUUGACGGAAUGAAAGUUGCUGUCAGGGUUGAAGAUACCCCACCAGCUCCAGCACCCUCUCCAGGGAAAAACAGUGGUUCUCCAUCAAGUUUUUUGAGCCAGAUUCUUCUGCCACUGCUGACCACCUCUGUGUUCUUGAUCUUUCUUUCCAAAUACUACUAAUAUUAUUACAUUUGGAGACAUUGAUUCACUUCUGAAAUGGGUGUUGACAUCUUAUUUUGAUGGUUUAAGUACAGAAACACUUGGAUUUGCAACUCAAAAUUAUAGAAUCCUGAUGUAAUAAAGAAAAGUGUUGCACUGUUUCAAUGUUUCGAUGAUUGGGUUGUCUCAAAAGUAACUGAUUAGUACUCCCAAAGAUAUCCAAUGGGGAGAACCAAAACAAAACAAUAAUGGAAAAUUUUCUUCAUCCCAAGAACGUGGAGGUCUUCCAUUGGUGCUAUCAAUGUGAAAUGCAGGUGCUGACGUGCUAGGAGUUCAUUAGACUUCAAUGCUCUUAAGAUGAGUCCCUUAAAUAGUCCCGACAUCUGAUAAAAUUGGAACGAUACAAAGCAGAUAUACUCUUAAACAAAACAAAAGCAUUUAAAUGGUGCAACCGAAACAAUUCAUAAUCCAUUCAUCAAGGAUCUACAAGAGAAAAUUUAUUGUUAAGACCAAUGAAUAUGUAUAUCAGUAUAUUUAAAUGUUUAUGUCAUUGAUCAUAUGGUGAAUUGAUGUAGGCUGGACUAGUCCUGGAUUCACUCGAAAACAAACUGUUUGCAGGAUCAGAGCAAAGAGUACAUACACUUGGUGCUGCUGCAGGGUUGAUGAACAUACUCUUUAUGUUACAAUGGAUUUGAGCAUCUUAAGAACAAUCAUGGGAAAUGAUCCCAAGCUUGGUCGUCUUGCAUUCUCACCAGCAGUUGUUGCAGACCCUUUAAGCAUUACUCUUGGCGUGAGUGGAAGGCUAAUUGAAGUAGCUUUUGCAGUCACAAGAAAUAUAUCUUGAAAAUUUAGCAUAUAAGCAGGUUUCAUUGCUUUAAUCUUCUUUCCGCAAACCUUUGAUUAGUGUCCACAAUCAUACAAAAUUCACCAAAAGGAUCCGUUUGAAAACAACAGAGGGUGAUUAUUGCCCAUGGAAAUUUCGUGAGCUACUUAGUCUGGUCAUGCUAAAAUGUGCUUGUUC